GAUGGCAUUUAAUGAAAGCCUGAUCUGUAUCACUGGUCCUCUUAAUGGAACUGUUAAAAGUGGUGACAAAAAAUGUACUGUUUUUGUACACUAUGGAAAAUUCACAAAGAAAGCUAUUGAGAACUAUCAUUUUGACUAUGUCCCUAAUCCUGUAAUCCAUGAUGUUUAUCCACAAAGAAGUAUUUACAGCGGGGGCAGAAAUAUCACAGUGACUGGACAGGGAUUUAAUGCUGUACAAAAACGCAUCAUGAAAGUGAAAGUAAUGGAGAAUGGACAACUUGUAGAAAAGAAUGAAACCGAAGCCUUACAAAAUUCAAAUAAUUCAAUGCUCAUCUUUCCAUCGCCUCCUGCAAACCAGAAGAAUGUUUGUAUCUUUGUCAUAUUGGAUAAUUUUAAUGAAAACCGAACCUUUGAAUAUGUAGAGGAUCCAGUCUUUGAGUGUUUUAAAAACGAUGUAUUCGUGCUCAAGCAACCACCAAUCCUCAUUAAGGGAAAAUGUCUGAAUGCGGCGAUGACACCAGAAGAAGUGAAAGCUUAUAUUGGAACAGAGGAGUGUAAAGUUACAACACUUUCUGUGAAGGACUUUGUGUGUACUCCACCUGAAAAACAGCCAGCGCCCAAGAGGGUAAAACGGGAUGCAAAUGAUGAUCUUCCAGAAUUUGUUGUUAAAAUGGGAUUCCGUGAAUACUGUCUGGGGAAAGUAAAAUAUGACACUCCAGCACAGCUGCCACUUGGUCUUAUAUUGCCACUUGUACUGAUUCCAAUGCUGUUGAUUAUUGGUGUGUCUAUUUACUGCUACAGGCGCAAGAGCCAGCAAGCAGAACGAGAGUACAAGAAGAUUCAGCUACAGUUGGAGAGUCUUGAGGAGAGUGUGAGAGAUCGAUGCAAGAAAGAGUUCACUGACCUGGUGACCGAAAUGGAGGACCACUCAAAUGAUCUGAAUGAUGUUGGCAUCCCUUUUCUGGAUUAUAAAACUUACACGGAUCGUGUCUUUUUCCUACCGUCAAAGGAUGGAGAAAAUGAUGUCAUGAUAACUGGCAAACUGGACAUUCCAGAGGCAAGGCGACAUUCGGUAGAGAUAGCUCUUAACCAGUUUUCGAAUUUGCUGAACAGCAAAUCUUUCUUGAUUGAUUUUAUCCACACACUCGAGAGUCAAAAAGAUUUCUCAGCAAGAGAGAAAGUUUAUUUUGCAUCUUUGUUGACUAUUGCUCUGCAUGGAAAGCUGGAAUACUACACUGACAUCAUGAGGACACUGCUGUUGGAGCUCAUGGAACAAUACGUUGCUAAAAACCCGAAGCUCAUGCUCCGAAGAUGUGAAACCGUUGUGGAACGGAUGCUUUCCAACUGGAUGUCUAUUUGCCUAUACCAGUUCCUGAAGGAUACUGCUGGAGAGCCACUAUACAAACUUUUCAAAGGACUUAAACACCAGGUCGAGAAAGGCCCAGUGGAUGCUGAACUGAAAAAAGCUAAAUACACACUAAAUGACACGGGAUUAUUGGGAGAGGAUGUGGAAUAUCAUGUAUUGACUUUGAAUGUCAUCGCACAAGAGGAUGUUGGAGAAUCGAUGCCAGUAAAGGUUCUGAGCUGUGACAGUAUAACCCAGGUUAAAGAGAAAAUUCUUGACCAAGUGUACAGAAAUGUUCCUUUUUCGCAAAGGCCUGCGCUGGAUAGUGUUGUUCUUGAAUGGCGUCCAGGUUCUACUGGUCAAAUUCUUUCAGAUCUGGACGUCACAUCAGAACGAGAUGGAAAAUGGAGGCGUUUAAAUACUUUAAGACACUAUAACGUGGGUAGCAUAAGCUUUUUGUAUAUAAUCAUUGACGAUAUUUCUAUCUUGCAGAAUGUUUGUGAUUUUUUUUAAAAAAACUAUUGUAUAAUUAGUCAAACGUAAAUAUAUGCAACAAAUUUACCAAGCUGCCAAGCAUAUGCUGCCUUUGACUAGAAAAUCUAUUAUGACGAAACUUGCACCUUGAUACCUGCUUAGAAACAGAGAGAAACAAAAAUACAAUAUUUGUGUCGUGUUUAACCACGACAUUUUUGCACUGAUAAGUACAGAUUCCAACAUUUCACUGACGUGUUUGCAAAGCAAAAUUUUACUAACUGCUAAAAGAAAAAAUCAUUAGUCCUCAGGCAGCAGCAAUAAAAAUCCAAGCCCAAGAUCAACAAAUUGGGAAGCUGUAGAGGUCAGGGACUAAAGACCUUGAGCUAGAAUACAAGUACUAUCAACUGACAAUAAUCUAUUUGUCUUUAUGACUUGACUUUUAAAUUGCUAAACUUCUUUUAGGGGUUGGUUAACUUAGUUGGCUGGACGGCAGGUUUGCAAUGCAGAGUGAUACCAAGAGCAUGGGUUCAUGUCCUGCUUGGGCUGAGGUUACCAUUAAAGAUUCUCCUUCUCAAUCUCUCCCCACACCUGAGG